AAAAACAAAUCACCAUGGCGGACAUGUGAUGAACCAGCGCUUAAUCUGAUAGUAAGGAUGCCUCUUUCUUGCAAGAUCUGUGGUUAUAAAGCAAUUCUAAAGCGACCUAAAACGGUAAGGAAAAACGAUUUUGUCAACCCAACUAUGUUUCGAAAUUUUAGAAUGUGCCAUCAACCGGCCGGUUUUCGCGACGAAAGUUGUCAGACGUGACAAUGAUUUUCAUGCUAGCCGAAUUUUUUAGUUCUGAUGCGCACGAUGAUUACUCCGUGACGCUUUAGUUAUUCUUAUUCUAUGAUUAUGUUUCCUUAAGCAUUUAACCCCUAAGAGUGACCAGUAUCUAAUUUCUCCGUACUGUAAUACUGCUGAAUUACUGUAUUACGGUCAAGAGAAUAAAGGAAAAGUUCGCCAACCUAAGAAGAUUUGAAUGUCAAACGAAUUUCCUUGUCAGUACCAAAGGAGAUGAAUACAGGAGGGUUUGAAGAAUAUGUAUUCUGAUUUCAGGGUGUAGAGGGUUAAGCUAUUUCUUGCGUUGAAGUGGUAAAAUUGUAACUUGAAGAAAAAUGCUAUUUACGUGUAUACUAAACACUUGAACUAGAAAUUUGCUUUGAAAUUAAAUGAGAUACUGGGAUCUGGACAAAGUCAGGCUAGGAAAGAGGGAUCUAUUCAACUUCCCCUUCCAUCUCCAAUUAAGGGCGUUUUUUUUAGUGUAUUAACCCCAGAAGUGACCAACUUGUAACUUCUCUUCACUUUUUAAAUAUAUUAUCUGCAAAGAGGUCACUAAGAAUUGAAAAAAUAAUCAGCUGAGCUUAUAAACUUGAUAUAAGAGAGAUAUGAUCAGAAAACAAAUUUUAAAUCUACCCUUGUUCUUGCGCAACUGCAGGAUUAUCCUGUUUCCCAAUCAAGAAGGCAAUUUCGUCCCAACACCUGCCAAGUCAUCAGAAUGACAGUGUAUAAUACAUGGUUGUUUGUAAUUCACAGUUUGUUUGUCAUCCCAUAACAGGGUGAUGCUUUGUGCAAGGAUUGUUUCUUUGUCACAUUUGAGACAGAGGUCCACCACACAAUAAUCUCCAAUAAGUUGUUUUCAAAAGGGCAAGUUGUUGCUAUUGGUGCAUCAGGCGGGAAAGGUACAUGUAAAGCAAUCAAACUCUGCAGUUUCAUGUUGGUGGUAUAUUCUUUCAGCGGGUCUAUUUCAAAGACCAUAAAAAGCUGGCAUAACUUAAUGUCAAAUGUUAAAAGUUCAUGUUAAAUAAACAUUGGUGACAGUAUGAGUAGCACUUAAAUGUGAAGAGCAACACCUACUUGACUGGUUCUGUAAGAUAGGCAUUCUGACUGGAAUAAUAUCCAACCAUGGGAAACCAGUAAUCAGUGAAAAUUUGUAGUCUAAGGCUACCAGUACAUAGAAGCAACAAGUCAAAUACCGGUAGUUUUUGUUUUCUGAUCAUUGAUUAAAUCAAAAUAUUGAUUUUGCCAUUUUUUCCACUUGAAAUGUUGCCAAGAUAUUACUCUCAAGAUGGUUAGUUAUUAUGGCCAAGUUUUUUUUCCUGAUUUUUUGGACAAAGACAAAGCUGAAGUCAAUAACAAUGCCAGAAAAAAAAAAAAACAAGCAAAUAACAAAAACAAGAAAAAAAUAAACAUACUAACAUACUGUCACCUAAAAGUUAACAAAUUUGUCAACAGGCCAGAAAAAAUUUUUUUUAUGGUGUCAAAGUAGUUCUUGGGUUGUCAUUUAUACCACAGGUUAAGUACCUUUUUUUCUGGCUCAAACAGCCUGCUAUGCAGUACUUAAUAGUAAAGUUGAAUGUAGGUUCUGUUGUGUUCUUUGCAGAUUCUACUGUAUUAGCAUACGUGUUGAAAAAGCUCAACCACGAAUAUGACUAUGGAUUAAAAUUGAUUUUAUUGUCUGUGGAUGAAGGAAUAACUGGUUACAGAGAUGACUCUUUGGAGGUAAGAACACAUCAAAUAAAUGAUUUGUAUGUAAAACGCUGAUUAAAAGGGAAUGAAAAAUUAGAAAAAUCGUUUACUCUUCGAAGGUGACGUGGGAUACGAUAAUAAGUUUAACUCCUGACCUGUAAGUUGAAAUUUUGUUUAGUUUAUUUGAAGUUAUAUAUUGUUUGCAAUUGUAAACUUGCCUACUCUAUGUGACCAGGAAAAAUCUCAAUUUGUUAUAGUAAUGAUAAAUUAAACCCUUAAGCUUUAAGAGUGACUAUUAUCAAAUUUCUCCUUAAAAUAAUACUGCAGAAUCAUGUGAAUGAAGGAAAUGAUUGCCAACCUGUAAGAAGCUUUGACGGUUACAAGAAUUCUCCUUGUUGGCACCAACAGAAAUGUUUAGAUAUCAGUAUGGAGAAUAUCAACACUGAUGUUGGAGUGUUAACCUUUACCUCUCAGUUCAAAUUGAUAAUUCUCUUUACUGUCAACUAUAUAUACAAUUCUUAUAAUGUUGGUUCGGAGAAUUUAGUAUUGGAUCAACUAAUUAUCCCCAAAUUUAUAUUUUUCUUCAUCCUCAUCACUUAUCUGGUUGAUAUUGUAUUGAUAUUGUAAGGAGAAUUUCUGUCUUGGUCACUCACGGGAGUUACAGGGUUAAGGGUUAAGCUUGUCAGAUAAUCUUACUGUUGUAUGUGGGGUCCAUAACUUUUUACAUGCACCUGAUAUUAAAGAUUGAUUCAUGACAUAUAAUAGUUCAAAAAAGGGAGUAAACAAUAGUCUUUUUAAUUAAAAUUUGGUUUUUAUUAGACAGUCAAGAGAAAUGAAAUGCAGUAUGAACUGCCAUUGAAGAUUGUCUCUUAUGAGGUGAGAAGGGCUUACAUUGUAAUCCUUACUGGUUUUGUUUUUCUUUUCUUUUUUUUUUAAUCAUUACUUGUACGGUUUGCUUCACUAGUACAUGUAUGUUAAUUAAGCUAAUCAGUGCUAUUUUUUUUAAGACAUUGAUAAUAUUUUCCUGACAAAUAAAUUAAGAAUCCUUUGAACCCCUGCUAGUGACUGGCUUCUCAUUUCUCCUUACAUUGUCAUCCUUGAAUCAAAUGUAAAGGUCAUGAGAGUAAAGGAAAUGAUCCCCAGUUUAAGAAGUUUCUCAUUGUUAAACAAAUUCUCCUUGUCAGUACUAUUGGAAAUUUAUUGAUGACAGUAUGGAGAAUAUGACCAUAGGCAAAUUAAAUUAAUAAAAGUCUGCUUCUUCACAGUGUGAGAGCACAGGACUUUGAUUUGCAGUGGGAGAAAUCUAGUACUUCCCAUUUGCCAUGGCAUCAACCAUUGAUCUUAUGACUUGUGUCUGUAUUUCUUAGUUAAUUAAGCUGCAAAAAAAAAACCCUUCACGUUCAUGUGUUUAUGGUUGAUAAAGAACAGUAAAGGUUGUAAAGAAUAUUUAAUGUCCAUCAUUGUUAGGAACUCUAUGGCUGGACCAUGGAUGCUAUUGUCAAACAGAUUGGACUAAAAAAUAACUGUGAGUAUGGAUUUCCUUUUUUGAAUAUUAUUAUCAUUACUGCAGAACAAUGAAUCAUAAAGUUGACAAUAUUGAAACUUAAACUCCCAAGAUCUGAUUUUCAACUCUCUCGUCUAGCUGCUACACAUUUCCUGGUAAAUUAGUUACAAGCAUUUGGUGUUAGAUUAAGAUAACAACUUCUACCUGAUCAGUUUGAGUGUUCUCAUGGACAAUCCUGUGGACAAUCUAUGGAUAUCAUUAGAAGAUAUAUGUUUAUCACAACUGGGAGUUAAAAGGUUAAAUAAAUAUAUUUUUUUAUUGUGCCAUAUCAGUGACUGUCACUUUAAAGCUUCUUCACUUUUUGUGGCUUGCUGCAUGUUCAUAGCUUGCAUUUUAUGUUAUCUAUUGAAUCCUUAGAUGUCAAGAUUAUAAGAAUAUGUUCUCAAAAUUUUGGUUUCAAGGUUAUAAAUCUUUUGUGUUGUUGUUGUUGUUUUUUUUAACUUGAAUUAAUGCAGGUACAUUUUGUGGAGUUUUUAGACGCCAGGCUCUUGACAGAGGAGCAAUGGCCUUAAAGGUUGAUAAAAUAGUGACAGGUAAGAAGUGUCUCUUUUGUAUAUGUAAAUUCAUAACUGCAAAUUACUCUGCUGAAGCCUGAUGGGAAAAUUUUUCUCCAAAACAAUAUUUAUUGGCUCAGAAACCUUGAUUUCUAUUACAUAAUCUAUAUGUUAUGUGUAGAAGUGAUGUGCAGGUGACUUGUUUUUGUUCUUUUCAUUUUAUUAAAUUGUAUUCCACUACAUACAUGUAAGCAUUUCAAACAGUGCAUGCUUACAUGUGUGGAACUCUUCAUUUAGGCUGACUUUUAAGGGCUUCCCUGAAAUGAUAACAAGUUUCUUAACUUUGAUUUUGCAGGUCAUAAUGCAGAUGAUAUAGCAGAAACAGUUAUUAUGAAUAGUAAGUAAGGAAAAAAAUUUUGUUUAAGUGUCAGACUUGUUACUUCAUUUAAACAUUGUUUUGUGAAUUUAUUUUUGUGAAGAUGAAGAGGAUGGAUGCUAAUUGUGUAAAAUUUCACUUUUAUUUUAGUUUUACGAGGGGACAUAGCUCGACUGAGAAGAUGUACUGCUAUUAUCACAGUAAAACUACAUGCUUCUUUAUCUAUUUAACUAGCAUCACAAUAUGAAUGUUUUUUUCUCUUGGUUUAAUCAUUAUGUAUGGUAUUUCCUUAAAUAAAUGCGCAAGUGUCUUUUUGAAAUUUUGGCCGAAAGGGGAAGCACUUACUGGAAGGAGGGGGUUAAUCAAUGGGUGCACUUAUUAUUCUCCUGAUUUCACUGUUGUUGAAGCUUAAAAAAUGAUAGUUAAAGUGGCAAUGGAAACAGGUUUUCCUUGUAUCUCCACUAUUUAAGAAAGUGAGGGGGAUGCUAGUUUGAAAUUAUGGCCUAGGGGGUGGAUGCUUAUUCAGAGUGUGGGUGCCUAUUUGAGGAAAUACAGCAUGUGUAUAAGUCUAAAAAAGCUUUCUAUUCUAUUGAACUUAGGGUACAGAAGGCUUAUUACCACGCUGCAAACCAUUCAAGUAUACUUAUGAGAAGGAAAUAGUAAUGUUAGUAUGACGCUUUUUAAGUGUGUCUUUGCACAAUGUUACUGAAGAAGGAAAAGGAGAUGCACACUUUGAUAUUGAUAUUGACCACAAACAUCAGGAACUGAACAUGCAAACUAUUUACAUCUUUGAUGCUAAUUAUGCUCUCUUUGAAAGAUUAAAAAAGUCUGCACUUGAGCCAAGUGGCCCACCUAGCCAGAGCUUAUCCCAGCUUAUCAUCAGGCUUCCCUUACAAUUUGCUAGUACCCAUUUAUACGCCUGACUCUCCUGGGAGGAGGGAUUUACUAUGAAAGUUAAGAGUUUUGCCCAAGAACACAACACAAUGACCCAGCCAUGUCAUGAACCUAGACCUCUGGACCUGGAGUCCAGCACACAAACAAUGUAGGCCACAGCAUCUCUCACAUUCUGUAUAAUAGGGAGCAAACAUUCCAACAACACUGUACUUAAUGGCUAGACUUGCUCUGGUCAGUGGAGAUGAGUGUAUGAGCAGCAGAGAGGAAAUUGGCUUUUUUUUUUUUUUUUUUUUUAAAUGAGUGUUCCCCUCAUUGUCUCUCUCACUUGCCAACUUCAAAGUGAACUCAAUAAUUAACUGAUGAGUAUUUUAUCCUUUGUGUUAACUGCAAGUUCCUAUUAACUUUCUACUUUAAUGACAUUUUUGUAGGUAUGCAUACUUCAAAAAGCUGGAUUACUUUUCUACAGAGUGUAUUUAUUCUCCAAAUGCCUACAGGUAAGCAUGUGCUGUCAUAUUCUCUGUGAGUGAUGUACGGUAAGAAGUACUGUCAGUUAAGUUAAUUUUUAGUAGACAGACUCAAGUUGUAAGCAGAUUGUUACAAUUUAAGGCUGUUAUGGAAUGUUCCCCCAAGAGCUUUCAUGCACUUGACCCUUUCCUUGUGAUUAAAACCUGAAUUUGACUCCUAACUAUUUUUUUGUUUCAAGAAGAAAUGUUAUCAAUAAGAGGGUCAUUCUAGUUAAUUACUGUAUUCAUGAGAGUUUUUGGGCUGAAAUGUUUUGGACACAAUAAGCCCCAAUCUAGAUUUAACGGCCAUCAAUGGUAAUGAACCAAUUUGUAAUUAGCUAUUAUCUUAAGUAAGGCUUUGAAAACAUGGUGAUGUUUUUGUGGGGAGGAGGGGAAUUAUUUGCCAGACCUGUGUACCAACUAAAUGUGGAUCAUUUAUUACAGGGGUCAUGCCAGAACAUAUCUUAAAGAUCUGGAGAAAAUACGUCCAAGUUCAAUCUUGGGUGAGUUAGUAAUGAAUUUGAGUUCAGUAAUUUAUGCAAACAUUUUAAAUGGCCUCGAAAUGGGAAAUAAAUCACCAUCAAAAUGUGUAUAUCAAAAUGAUUGUGUUUGGCUGCAAGCAUGUCAUGAAACUAGGAGUAGAUCUUCCAAGAGAGAUAAUAAUUGGGUAUUAGUAGGCUGAGAGUGAAUUCUGGGAUAUUCAAGGGCAUUGGACAAAUAGGAUAUGUAAUACUUUCAAACUGAAUGAAAUACCAAGAAGACACAACCAAAUGAGAUAGAGUAUUUAAUUCGUACUUUGGGAUCCAUUCAAAACAAUACUACAUGGACUUCACCAAAUGUACAGAACAGUGUUUCUGCCUUAUUUUCAGCACAACAGGUAAAAAAAAUGUUCAAAUUUGAAGAGCAAUUCUUUUACCUGUUAAUUAUCAAGAAUUAUGAGCAAUUUUAAAUUGUAAUAAGAGGUACUACAGGAAGUAAAUUUUACCAGAUAUGGCCUGAAAAGGAGAACACUGACAGAGCGGGGAGGCAAAGUUGAGUAAUUUGAUGAUUGUGAACAUUGGACUAUUGUUAGGAAUUCUUUGGAUUAAGAAUACAUCAGACUCUCUUGAUGUCAUCUUAUUUAUUUUUAUCAGACAUAAUUCACUCUGGAGAGAGCUUGUAUGUGAAAAAAGAUGUAAAGAUGCCAGUACAAGGUAUUACUUUUAUGACAGAAAUUGUGAUUUUACAUUCUGGUACAGAACAAAACAGCACUGACCAGUGUGAUACUGUACUCAAUUUUAUACCACCAGUAGACUCAAGGUAACAAAACCAGGAUGAGCUCUAACAGCAUCAGUUAUUUAGGAUGUUUAAAGACUUCACUCUUUUAGGUGUCCUUAGGGAGGUAUUGUGUGUUGGAGCUUUAUCUAAUAAGGCUACCACUGCACAUAAAUUUUAUUUAUACCUGGUGGUACAUGUUGGUUUCUGUUUGUGUGAGCAAGCACCAGAAAAAGUUAAAUCCAUUGGAUAACUUUCAUUUGUUUUAGGUUUUUGUAAGAGAUGUGGAUAUAUAUCAAGUCAACCAUUGUGCAAAGCAUGUGUGCUGCUAGAAGGACUCAACAAGGGAUUACCUAAGUAAAGAGUACUAGUCACAUUACUUGAAGAAAGGUUUAGCAGGAAAAAAGUUAUUGGAGGGUUAAUACUACGUCAGGAUUUGUUUUUAGAGGAGUUUUCCCAAAAAUGUCCUGUUUUCUGACAAUACAGCCAAGGUGUUGAAUUAACCUACACAGCAGUGGAGAUAAGGCUUAUUCAUUUGGUAAAUUAAUAGCACCUUACAGUCAUGUGAAAUCUAAUAUCUUAACAAGCAAUGUUAAUGCAAGAUGGAGGUAGAGGCAGUAUGAUUCUCACAUUCUGCAUAGACCAAGAUCUUCAGAAAACAUGCAGAAUACCUAUUAUUUCUCAAAUGUGUUCAAAAUCUGUUGAGGGCUUUGGAGGCCUCAGUAAAAUUUUUAACUUUGCAAAACAUAAGAA